AUGAAUGGGGUCACGGCGUUGUACCCCUUGACCGAGAAAGGCGCCAGGAAGCCCAAGUGCGCCCGCUGUAGAAACCACGGGAUGGUCUCCUGGCUGAAAGGCCACAAACGGCACUGCACCUACAAGGACUGCACUUGUCCCAAGUGUAACCUGAUCGCCGAACGCCAGAGGGUCAUGGCCGCCCAGGUUGCCCUGAAGAGACAACAAGCUGCCGAGGAUGCCAUAGCUCUGGGUAUACGCGCAUGCGUCUCAGAGACCGGAAUUCCAGUCAUGACCCAAGGCCCCCUGUGGGGGCCCGGCACAGUUACUGCCCCUCUGGGCGGAAACGACCUGCGGAAUGGAGCUGAGGGCCAGGCAGACGACGAGGACAGUUGUGACUCCCAGACGGAACUCGAGGUGGGCAGCUGUAGUGACAAUGAAGGGGAAUCACUCACACGGUCUCCCAGCGUUCAGAACUCAGAUACCUCCCCAGGAGGGGACAAACAAAAUUCGCUUCAAACCACAACUUCCGAAACUCCGGCUCGGAGCUCUAGAUCUUCCGCACCACACACCCACCAUCACAACUACCACCACCAUAAUCAUAGCCUGCAUCAUCACCGUCGGAAAGAGAAUGGAGAAGUUGGAUGUCAUCAACAGCCGGCAGCGUUCAGACCCGGAAGACUGACACCGUUAGAAAUUCUAGAGCGCGUCUUUCCUCUCCAGAGAAAGACCGUAUUGGAACUGGUUCUUCAAGGCUGCAACGGAGAUCUUGUAAAGGCCAUUGAGCACUUCAUUUCAGCCCAGGAUACGGUAGUAGUGCAACAACAGGCGCUGCUAGCAUCUGGUCAAAAACACGACUCCAGAUCAAACAUGUUCAUUAAUAACCUUCCCUCCAACAAACCCAUAUUUCGACACGCUGUAACCAACAGUAGUGGUCAUAAUAACCUUUACAGUAAUAGUGGGAUAAGCUCACAUAAUGGGUUAAGAGGAACGGGGCAUCACCUCCACCAUACUCCACCAGUGGCACAUGCGGGUGGAGCAACAUCCAACAAGCUACCCUAUGGAAGUAUGAAAUCAGCAUUCACUCCCAUCCCGCUCAGCCCGACCCAAGGCAUCCAUUCAGCAUUUACAAAUCACUUCCCUCAUUUUAAUCCCGCUUCUAUAUCGGAAACGGCGCUGAGGAAUCCAUUCUUUCCACAUGGACCCACUUCGACAGAUAUCCUCGCUCAAUCACCUCAUUUUCCUUAUGCAAGCCUCGGUAUGGGAAUCGGUGUCGGGGGGCUACCAGCUUCAACUUACCCAGGCGUGUUUGCUUCCCCGUUCUCUUUCCACCCCUAUAGACUCAGCUUUAGACGCUCUACGUCCCCUCACGCUCGCACCCCGGACAAGAACAGCGAUAAGUCGGCGCUUACCGACUCUGAUCAUAUUUCUGACUCCUGGGACGAGGGCAGCUCUCCCCGAGACAAUAAAGCUGUGGAUUAA